AUGCCUGGGACUUGGCUGCUGCUUCUCCUGGCCCUCGGGUGUCCAGCCCUGCCCACAGAGGUAACCACUCUCCUGAGGCUGGCACAACAAGGUGUGGGUAGCACACCCUUCCCCUCUCUGGCCCCACCAAUCACACUGCUGGUGGAUGGGAAGCAGCAGACUCUGGUGGUUUGCCUGGUCCUCGACGUUGCACCCCCUGGCCUUGAGAGUCCCAUCUGGUUCUCAGCUGGGAAUGGCAGCUCACUGGAUGCCUUCACCUAUGGCCCUUCCCCAGCAGCUGAUGGCACCUGGACUAGCUUGGCUCAGCUUUCCCUGCCUUCUGAGGACCUGGUAGCCUGGGAGACCUUGGUCUGUCACACUGGACCUGGAACUGGGGACCACAGCCAGAGCACACGGCCUCUACAGCUGUCAGGAGAGUCUUCCUCAGCCAGGACCUGCCUCUGGGAGCCUCUCAGGGGGACCCGGGGCCAGGCGCUGCGGCUCGGGGCGCUGCGGCUGCUGCUCUUCAAGCUGCUGCUGUUGGAUGUGCUUCUGACCUGCAGCCGCUUCCGCGCCCCGCCCGUCGCGCGGAGGGACCCGGCCUGGGCGCCUCGCCCUGGGGACCCCGGGCUCCCCGCGGCCCCCCGGGCGGACCACCUUCUCCUCCCGCAGCCUCCGCCACCGGAAGGAUCGCCCGCAAACCCCACCGACUGGAUUCGCCGCAAUGAUGGGUGGACCACAGGCCGAGGGCUCAGCCUGUCCACCCCGCCGGCGCUGCAGCCCCGGGACAGCCGCUGGGUUCACACCCGCCCUCCGGGUCGGGAUCCCAGGAGCCCUGUCUGGGAGGAGGGCCCGCUGGUGCUCAGGGCGUGGCGCUCGGGACCCGCCCUCAGUAUUCCUGCCUCCAGCCUUAGAGCAUUUCUCUGCGAUCUGCCUCCUCCAGUUGACCCGAGCUUCCCCGGGGGCUAG